CAGCACUAGACACACACAGCUGUUGCUACUGCCCCUCUUCCCCCCACCCACACAUUCGCACCACUUUCCUCGGGCAGCAGACAGAUGAUCCAGAGGCUGGGGAGAAAGUCAGCCCAACUCUCCCGUCUCCGCAGUUAGUUCAGCCACUCGAAGAGGCAGCGGUGGGGAGACACUGGCGUUCAGAGCCAACGCUGCAACGUGCACACGCAACUGCAGACGCACACUCCACCUCCCUCUUUUCCUUCACUCCCUCUCUCCCUCCCUCUCACUGUGGUGCUGGGCUCUGCACAGCUCCUCUACUCAUUCGCUGCUGAUUCACCCGCUUGCCUCUCCUCUGCCAGUGGCUCUGCCGUGCUGUGCUCUGCCUGCCUGCCUGCCUGAGAAUGGUCCAGCCGGUGCCUGGGGGUCUGCUGUCGCAGCCUGUCUGAACACACGCGCAAACAUAGUCAGUCGACACGCGGAAGCACUCACACAUUAUCGGGAGAGCAAUGUGAAAGAGGAAGUGCCUUUGCUGAUGUGUGCCGCAGCUUUGACCUGCUUCUACCGCUGAAGCUCUAUCUUCUCGCCGCCCCUUCCGCCUCGCUCGCUUGCUGCCAUAGCGCAAGGAAAGUUGGCCGCGCCCUCCUGACUCCUCCCCGACCUGUUCGUCCAUCCGUCAUCAUCACCAUCCAUCCCUCUCAGUGGGCUGCAGCCUCCACUAAUCCUCAUCUGACAGCCCAGCAGCCCAAUCCACCACAAGGCCCACACAGAGCAUCACACACUUUGCCUUUACUUAGCUUCGCCUUGGACCCUCUAAGCCGCCAUACAGUCCUCAGUGUUCUUAAUUCCCACCCCACCCCCACACAAAGCAGACUACACCCAGACUAUCACCUUUGUUGCCUGCUUCACCGCAUCUUAACCAGAGGGCUUUCUCUCCUAUGCCACUUUGACUUGUGAAUGUUCUUGAAAAGAAGAGUCAGUGAGCAAUAAGAGUGAACAUUCAGGCAGGCUCCCUCCUGGAUAAAAUCAACUUACAUGAUCGGGAAGAUGGCGCAAUAACAGUCGCAGCCUUAAUUAGUCCUGCAGCAUUUCACCCUGGACACUUCUGUCAAUAGAAAUAAUUUUUCAUGUGUCAUCUCAACCUCGCAGUCGAUAUCAGCAUAAACACACAAACGUUAAGAGAAGUCGAGGAUUAAAGCCAAAGCGGUACUUUUAUCAACGCUCAAACCGAUCCCAGCUCAGAGUUGUUUUUUGUGCCAGCGCAUUGCCAUGGCGAUGAACAUAGCACAGAUCCGCGACACAAAGUGGCUGACACUAGAGGUAUGCAGGGAGUUCCAGAGGGGCACAUGUUCCCGCUCGGACCAAGAGUGCAAGUUCGCUCACCCGGCUAAGAGUUGCCAGGUUGAAAACGGACGGGUCAUCGCUUGCUUCGACUCACUCAAGGGCCGCUGUUCCAGGGAGAACUGCAAAUACCUGCACCCUCCUCCGCACCUAAAGAACCAGCUGGAGAUCAAUGGCAGGAACAACCUGAUCCAGCAGAAGAACAUGGUCAUGCUGGCUCAGCAGAUGCAGCUCGCUAAUGCCAUGAUGCCCGCUACACAGCUACCGCCUAUGCCCAUGUUCUCGGUGACGCCCGGCCUGGCCACCAACGCCAGCGCUGCGGCCGCAGCUGCAGCCGUGGCUUUUAAUCCCUACCUGAGCCCUGUGUCGCCAGGCCUGAUGCCCUCAGAGAUCCUGCCCAAUGCCCCAGUCCUCAUGGCUUCCAGCCCCGCCAUCAGCCAAGUCCCCAAUGCUGCCGCCGCAGCCCAGAAGCUGCUGAGAACAGACAGACUUGAGGUGUGUCGCGAGUACCAGAGGGGGAACUGCUCCCGGGGAGAAGAAGACUGUCGCUUUGCCCACCCUGCAGACAGCACCAUGAUCGACACGAACGACAACACUGUCACCGUGUGCAUGGACUACAUCAAGGGGAGGUGCUCCCGCGAGAAGUGCAAGUACUUCCACCCGCCGGCGCACCUGCAGGCUAAAAUUAAGGCCACCCAACACCAGGUGAACCAGGCCUCAGCCGCCGCUGCCAUGACUCAGUCGGCUGUCAAAUCACUGAAGCGACCCCUCGACGCAACCUUUGACCUGGGUAUUGCCCCCAGUGUCAUGGCUACCCUGCCAAAGCGGGCAGCCCUGGAGAAGGCCAACGGGGCCUCUGCUGUGUUUAACACCGGCAUGCUCCAGUACCAACAGGCCCUGGCCAGCAUGCAGUUUCAGCAACAAGCUGCUUUCCUCCCAUCAGGCUCAAUAUUGUGCAUGACCCCUGCUGCCGGCGUUGUUCCCAUGAUGCACGGUGGUACCCCAGUCACUGUGUCUGCAGCCACCACAUCUGCCACAAGCGUUCCCUUCGCAACUGCCUCCACCAAUCAGGACUCUUCCUUAUCAAAGUUGACUACCAACGAAUACAUGCAAUUGAUUCCAAUAAUAUCUGCCGAUCAUCUGAGUAGUCACAAGUACUUGACUCAAAUGUAGUUCCUCCUAAGAACAAUCAAAUGAAUGUGUGCUGGCACCGUCCAAGCCAAAACAGUUCAGCCUUUAUUUACAUACAACUUCAGAAUGUCAAGCAACGGGACUGAGGAGGGUCCGCCAUCUGUCAAAACAUCAAGGGUGCGACCCGUGCCAUCUUCCCACAUGUCAAAACCUGAGAGAGAAAGGGAUGUCUUGGUGCCUGGGGAUGGGUGAGGGGCAGUGGGUCUCAUCACACCGCUGUACAUCUAAAUCACAGCACUCGAUUGGUUGUAAUUCACUUCACUGGACGUAGAGAAGGUCAAUGAGUGGCGUUGCGUGAGUCAAGAUACACCUCUGGUACGUCCGGCGACCAAGAUUUAUUUUAUUCUGUUUGUUUUUGUUUUCAUUAAGCAGCCAUAUUUCAUCGUUUACAAAAAGACAUGCACCUUGAAUUUGAAUCGAAAUGAGAACGGCGCAGCCAUUUUGAAACAGGAAUCUGCUAAGACGAUUGAGCGCGUGCAGUAUUGUGUGUGUGUACAGCUACUAGUCAAACUAGACACGGAUGGAUGAAUAAAUGAGGGUCGUGGACAUAUGAAUGUUGUGGGUAAACCAACAUACCUGUGUACCUUGAAAGCACAGCCAGGCUUGCUCUUCUCUCCUUGUCAUGUGCCAUGGAGGCCAUACAGCUCAAACCAGAGUGUUGUCUCAGCAGUGUUAUUUGUUUACCGAGAGUGAAAUUUAAAAUAAGAAUUGUAUGGCUCUUAAGAUUGUUUGGAUUUUUUUUUAAAUGUUAAUAAUUUUAGAAGUGGGUUUUGUGCUAAUUUUUGUGUUAUUUUUAAUUAUGACUUUUAGAUGGGGGGGGGGGGGGGGGGUUGUACGGUAGUUCCACUUUUCAUCGACUAGAGUGCUGUUAACUUUUUUUCUUUUUGGUCUUGUCGGGAUUAAGAUGUCGCUCAAGUCUGUCGACUCUAAAGCCUGUUGAUUAGGAGGGUUGUUGUUACCUUGUGCUCUUUUAAAGAGUGCCGACUUUGUUAGAACUUUGAGCUGUGUGCUAAUGGCAGUGAAAGAUAAGUGUUAGGUCAUUGUAAACAGGGAAGAAAAAAAAGUACACUUCAAUGUUUGUCUGAGUAAAAUGUCACUGAGUGAAACUUAACAGAGGCAGCGGUUCCCAACCUUUUAUAUUAAAUUAUUGCAACUCUUACAAAAUUAUAAGAGUAUUAGGGCUACAUUGGAAAGAAAAAAAAUAAUACAAGAAUAAAUUAGCAAUAUUAUGAGCUAAAUUAGCAAUAUGAGCUAAAAAAAUAAAUAUCUGUGAGCGAAUUUAUUUUCGUAAUAUUAUGACUUUCCUUGUAAUGUUAUAAUUCAACCUGUUUAGUUGAACACAAAACUAUAGCUCUGUUUUAUGAAUGGCAACAGGUGGAUACACAGGUUAAUUGUACCUUCCGCCAUGUAGUGGAAGAGCAUUGAAUUGUUCUGACUGGCACUAAAUGUCACUAUCAUAGAUGGAUAGAUGAACAAAGAUGCUUUCUGGUUACUUAAUAGAGUGGAACCUCAGUUUUCGUGAUUAAUCCGUGACAAACAGUCUGACUAAAACUGAAUCGUACGAUAUCCAAAAAUAUAUUUCCCAUAGUAACUAAUAAUCAAAUUUAUCCGUUCUAGACAGUGAACAAUAUUAACAAAACUGUUCAAUUUUAUAAAGAAUGACUAUAGUUUUAUAGACACAAAAUAAAUGUAAAUAAAUAUAAUUGACUUAUGAAAUGGAUUAAUGAACAUUUAACAUGACUUUUAGCUUUUCUGAAGACUUGAUGGCUUAUACAGCGAGGAGAGGACAAAAGGGGAACCAUUUUUGUACUUUGCUUCAAGUUCUUUCUUGAAUUCUAUUGUACUUCUCAUCUUGUUUAUCGAAUGGCUGGCACUCAGAACUUUCUGUCGUAUUGUGUAAAAAGUGGUCCAGCGGAGACAGCAAGGUGUAUUCCACAAUGCAAGCUUUUUUUUAACAACUCAAUGCAAUAGUAAACAACCCAACCGGUCUACUCAGCAGCACUCCAACAAGAGUCACCACACUUUCUUUGGCCCUUUUAUUUCAAAGUUGUGACUUUUGACUGGAUGUGUAGACCGAUGUUGCCCGAGUGAAAGCUGGCAUUGUGGAAUAUGCUUUGUAGUCGGUUGAACUCUUUUUUUUACUCAUUUUUUAAAUUCUUUCAGCUGUACGCAUGGGCUAAUGCUCACUCGACGAGUAACAAAGGCAGACUGAGUCACCAGCACAUGGCAUGACGCAUCGAAUCCGCGAAACAAAUGGCCAAGUUGUUGUUGGUUUUUUUUUCGUACGAAAAUCGAGCGGAUGUAUGAAAACUGGCACAAUAUCUCCAAAAAGGAAUCGAAAAAUAAAUCAUCCCAAAAAAUAGAGGAUACAAAAACCGAGGUUCCGCUGUAACUCAUAAUUUUCGGACCAAUUAGGUUACAUUUCCGCGGCAGAUCUGACGAUCUCUUAUAAUACAGUGGUUGGGAAUCACUGUUCUAAUUUAGACUGGCCAAAUUCCCCCUGUAAUGUUGUUGGUUACCCCUGCUUUAAGCAAAAACGCAACAGGAUUAGGACUCCUCAACGUUAAACUUCAUUCAAAUCACAGAAACCAAAAGUCUCUCAUCGAGGAAUCAUUUUGUUGUUCAUCUGACUGUUGUGUUGCCACAGAGGUGUGACUGCACGUCUUUAGCGAUUGUAUUGUACCUAACAAAGCCUUAGAUGACCAUGAAUGGGUCACGGCCCAAACUUGUCAAUCACCAUGCAGGUAAAGAGCACCAAUGAUGUUUUAUAGUUAUCUCACACGCCGCUUACGAUAUGUUUGUGCUUUUCUCUUACGCUAGGUAACAAUUCUUCUCUUAAAAAUCAAUUUAAGAGCUUUUAUUAUGUAUUAAGGAUUUGAAUCUAUUUGAGAUGCAUAGUUGUAGAUGUUUCUUUUUUUUUUUUUUUUUUUUUUUUUUUUGCCUUACUAUAUUACUAUAUUACUUGAGAGUAUCGAUAUAGCCGUAGAUUUUAAGGUUGUAUGACAUUCAUAACUUUUUUUGUUUUCAAACCAUAUAAAUGAUAACGUUUUAAAUAUUCACAUCAUAUAGCUGGAUGUCUUUUUUUCAGUUGGUGUUACAUUAUACGUUUGUUUUGUUGUUGUUUUGAUACGAGGAACGUGGAAUUAGUUUUGCUGUGACCGCAGCGCCAAGCAUUUUCCUUGUCCACACGUCAAGAUCAUAUUUGAAAAUAUAAUGUAUCAAUCUAUAGAUUGUCCAUGUUUUAGAGUAAACAUUGUUUUCUACUGUAUCCAUUUAAAAAAAAAAAAAAAAAAAAAAAAUGUCAUUUGGUUGGAAAUAUUUCUUAAGUUUGCCCUGAAUGUCAGGCCAAAAUGAGCAGUUGAGAUUUUGGGGUGUUUAGAUAUUAUUAUUAUUGUUUGUUGUUUAGUUUUUGUUUGUUUUGUUUUCGGGGUUGGGGGGGUGAUCGGUGAGAAUCGGAGCGAAGACUUUCCCCAGCUGGUGAAGUCAGAAAUGCUGCAGAUGAUGAGUUCUAACCUAAGGGACGAAGGUUGUGACUUUUUGCACUUCUGUAUAUAGUCAAAUAAACAGAGACAAAUGUGUAUCAUAUUGAGAUAUUAUUUUGAAUAAAAAAAGAUCUAUAAUUAUAAGGAAUUUUGUUAGAUUAAUUUAAAUUCAUAAAUUAGAAGACCAGCUAAAAUUGCUUGCAAAGAAGGGCACUAGUUUCUUGGCCAAUGCAUUCGGAGAAAGCUAUGCGCUUUUUGUCUUCUUUUUAUCAGUGGCUAGUUUUGCCUGGGAAUGUUUUUUGGGGAAUAAUGGUCCCCCUGUCCUGCUUAAUCCACCCCUUCAAAUGAUACAUUUUUUUUCAUUUGUUGGCCACUUUCCUGCUCCCACGCUUCACUUGAUUUAAAAAAAAAAAAAACACCAGAAAAAAAGAAUUCCAUUAUGAUUUGAGUGCAUGUAAAACCAUGUAAACAAAAACAUAGCUACAGUAUGUAAGGAAAGAGUUCACAAUAAUCCGUACAGUAGAUAACAUCCACAGUGGGGAGAAAUAACACUUUUCCAAAACUCAUUUUACGCUUGCGUGAUAAAAUAGUUUACGAGCAAAUAUGUUAUCUAAAGAAUAACGAAAGUAUGAGCACUCAUCCAACCCAAAUACAGUGAUGUCUUGAGAUACGAGUACCCAGAUUUUGAGUUUUUCGAGACACGAGGCAUCAUUCGGACGUUUGUUUUUUGUUUUGCUUUGACUUGUGAGCAGAAAACACCAUAGAUGAUUAAACCAGCGGAUGUUUGAGCACAAACGGUGCAUCAACACAUGGACAAUUUGACAAUACUCACAGGCAUAUAUUCUUCAUCCACUACGACAAACUAAUAUUACAGCAAAUUACUGAGUCAUUUACAGUAGUAGCAGUGAAAGUCUUCAUUUGCCUUCAUGACUGUAAUAUACUGCCCCCGGUGGCCAUGUUGUGCACACCAGAAGUCACAAUGAAUUAGUCGUGAUGCACUGUUUAAUUCUUUACGUUCAAUUGAAUUAUGUUGUAUGAAUUGAAAUAAGAUAGAGUACUAUUUUCCUUAUUAAUAAACAUUACAACAUUUGUUGUUUUGGGGGGAGAGGGUGGAACAAAGAGUAUAUACAUUCAUUUCAUUGGUGAAAGAUGACUUGAGAUGCGGUUGUUUUGUGUUACGAGCAUGGUCACGGAAUGAAUUAAAUUUGGAUUUCAAGGCACCACUGUACUUCUGUACUUUUCCAGAGCCAUAUAUAUAUUCCCAGUCAACUCACAGUAAGAUGUGUUGCUCUGCUCUCCAGACUGUGCGCUCAGCAGGCGAAGGCCGGCCACACCAAAUGCACAUUUAGGCAAAUUCAAGUCUUUGAAAUGAAUGUAAAGCGGCUGCUGUAUUGUUGCUAUAGAACCAAAGCACCAGUUUCUCCAAAACCGGACGUUCAGUCCGUCUCUUCCCUGCUGGGGGCACACACAUACACAACCACAACAACGCUUUAUGCCCGCUUUUUACUUGUAAGUGCAACUACCACUUAUGUAUUCGCUAACAGUUGCCACACAAUGAUGUCUGAUUUGUUUAUGCACACUUGAUUGUUGCCAUAAUUGACUCUUAUCUGUAUGAAUGAAAAACAAAAUAAAAACUAUUUGAUUUGCUCAUGCAA